UAGAAAGCCGAUUAUUUAGGUGCAGUCAAUGCUGAGGAAGGUGGGAAGAGCGUGUGCAGUCUUGUGUGAUCUUCCUCCAUUAUUACAAUAUUCCCAGCUUGUGACUCGUGUGGUAAACUUCUCCAUCUUAGCCAUGCCGCCUAAGAGGAAACAGGAUACUAAUGCUGCUAGUGAUAAGGAAAAGAAGGAAAGCAAGAAAAUAAAGGAGAAUGCUGAUGGUGAUAAGGAAAAAAAGGAAACCAAGAAAUCAAAGGAUAAUGCUGAUAGUGAUAAAGAAAAAAAGGAAACCAAGAAAUUAAAGAAAGAUGAGUUUUCUUCUGAUGCUAAAACAAAGGAUGGCAAGAAGUGGAACCUGAAGGUGGUUUCAUGGAAUGUGGAUGGAGUGCGAGCAUGGUUGAAGAAAAGUGGAUUGUCAGUGUUUGAAGAUGAGGAUCCUGAUGUUGUCUGCCUCCAAGAGACAAAAUGUUCUGAAGGAAAACUCCCAGAGGAACUCAAGAAUAUCAAGGGUUACAAAAGUUACUUCAUGCAUGCCAAAAAGGAUGGAUAUUCAGGUGUUGCACUUUACUCCAAGAUUGAGCCACUGUCAGUGACUUAUGGCAUUAAUGAUGAGGAACAUGAUGAAGAGGGACGCUGUAUUACAGCAGAGUUUGAGAAAUAUUUUGUAGUCACUGCAUAUGUCCCAAAUGCUGGAAAGAAACUUGUCACUUUGGACAAAAGGUUGGACUGGGAUCCCAAGUUUCGCGAGUACCUUCAAGACCUUGAUGCUAAAAAGACUGUAAUCUUGUGUGGAGACCUAAAUGUGUCUCACAAAGAAAUUGAUUUGGCUAAUCCAAAGUCAAACAAGAAGAAUGCUGGAUUUACACAGGAAGAAAAAGAUGGCUUUUCAGAUCUUCUUGCUGCUGGUUUUGUGGAUUCAUUCAGGCAUCUAUAUCCAGACAAAACUGCGCAGUAUACGUUUUGGACCUACAUGUUUAACUGUAGGGCAAAAAAUGUUGGCUGGAGGUUGGAUUACUUUGUCCUCUCAGAACGCUUAGUUCCUCAACUGUGUGAUAACAUUAUUCGUGAUUCACUCUAUGGCUCUGAUCAUUGCCCAAUCACACUGCUCAUGCAUAUGUGAUAACCAUUUGUAUUCUCAUCUACAUACAUACAUGUUGCUGUGAAGUGAUAUCACAAAAAAAGUUAAGCAUAUUUCUUAGAUUAAUUUUGAAUUAAAGUGACAUCUCCACUUUUCAGUACAAUACUGUAUGUUUUCCCAUAUUUUCUUAUUGCCCACGAUGUGUUUUGCAUUGAUGAUCACAUGAUUAGGAGAUUUUUCCUGUAAAUUUGAUGCAUAUUAUAUGAAAAGUUUUGAUGCAGUACUUUUCUGGUGUUUGUACCUGAUAAUGAUUUAUGAAUUCAGCAUUAUUUUUUCUUAAUUUGUGUUUACUUUAACAUUAUUCUUACAUACUUUGAAAAUGUUUUAAAUAAUGUCAGCAGUAGUCGAGUCAUUUAUUGUUUUUACAUGUUGAUGAAUUUAGUUAGUAAAAUUAGGGCUGUUCAACGUUCCAUUUCACUUCUUUUCUAUAUCUCUCCUUCAAACAUUUGCAUAUCAUUUAACUGUACUAGAGCUACAGAAAGUAUCUUUUUGGAGUGGUCAAUGAAUAUCAUAAUGAACACUGCAACUCCCAUUGUCUUGGUAGGGUUGUCAAAAUCAUUCAUCCUUUGUCAUAUCGUCUAGCAAAAUAAAAUUCCCAAAUAGUUUUUGUAGCGAAUAUACCAACUGUCACUAUUCCAUUCUUCUUUUCAGCUUUUUAUUUUGCCUUGUGCCUUGGGUAAAUAUUUUUUUAAUACUUCUCAGCUAAUUUUAUCUCCUGUGUGUAUGGUGUCAGCUUUUGUAUGAUCAACCAUUCUUUCACAUUAUUCUCACAAUUAUGUAGAGUUUGAUUGUUUUAAUGCACCUUAAGUUAUAUUUACAUUACUUGAGUCUUAUCUAUAAAAGGAAUAAUGCAGUGGUAGUUUUAUUACUUGCUGUAGUUAUGUAAAAGUACUGGUUUUAAUGUGUCAUUUAUAUGUUCUGAAUUUAAUUAUUUGUUCUUUUCUUACUAAAAGGAAACUGAAAAAUUAAUGAAACGUAAAUAAUUAUUGAAAGUUUUGUGUGUGAUUUCUUCCAGCUGUCAUGUUAAUCACUCAGGAUAUGAUGACUGUAUGGUCUAUAUAUACUGUAAUUCAAGGUAUUUUCUUCCAGCUGUCAUGUUAAUCACUCAGGAUAUGAUGACUGUAUGCUAUAUAUACUGUAAUUCAAGUUGAAGAAAAUGAUCUUUAAUUUUUUUAUCAAUACUGUAUUGUAAGAAAAUUUUCUUUGUUUUUUUAAAUAAAUGACUGUGUUAG